UUAUUUUCAUUUUAUUUCUUUUCUCUUUCCACCUUUCUCGAUCUCAUAAUAAUUAUUAUCCCCAUUUCUAACUUCCCUACAAAAUUCAAUCUCUCUUUCUGAUGGCUACCGUCCUUGAAUCCCUUUCUAUUCCACGUGCUUCUUCUGCUUUGCCCCCCAAUUCUUCUCUUUCCUCUUCUGUUAAUCGGAGACCCGCAGUUACGCUACCGGUGGCCAAGGGUCUCAAGGUCAGUUCCGUUACUACUGCUCGCUCCUUGGCUCGGUCUCCUCCCCGUUCUCAACUCGCUCGUCCUGGAAUGAUCGUUUGCGAGGCUCAGGAUACUGCUGUUGAAGUGCUUGCUGUUACUGACCAAACAUGGAAGUCAUUGGUUCUCGAAUCUGAAUUCCCUGUCCUGGUUGAAUUCUGGGCUCCAUGGUGUGGUCCUUGCCGCAUGAUCCACCCUGUAAUCGAUGCUCUUGCAGGGGAAUAUGUUGGAAAGCUUAAGUGCUACAAGCUUAAUACUGAUGAAAGUCCUUCAGUUGCGACCCAAUAUGGUAUCCGAAGCAUCCCAACUGUUAUGAUUUUCAAGGAUGGUGAGAAGAAGGAUGCCAUCAUUGGCGCAGUCCCCAAAACUACUUUAACUGCUAGCAUAGAGAAAUUCUUGUAAAUGUGGUAACCGAAGAGAGUGCAUUUGUUGGAACUAACCUCUUCAUAGAGGUGGUUUCUUCAUCCUUGAGCUUCAAAAGCUUUAAGUUUAAAUGCUUUGCUACCAUAAUAAACUCAUAUCUGUGUUGAUAUAGUUUGUUGAAUUCUGCUGUAUUUUCUUUUGUCUUCAUUAGUAUUAGCUAUAAUACUUGUUUACUUGAACAUUCUUUUCAGAA